UACAAAAACGUAAAUUGACAUCAUUGAAAUUUCAUGCACGCUGUGCUAAAACCUGUACCUACCAUCUUGCGAGAUUUAAGAUUUAGAAGCUAGCAGAUUAAUCAGGAGAGUCUGCCGCCCAUAAUAGUCUACCUAUCAAUCAGGAUGCCGCUGGUGGUACGAUACAUCGAGCCUCGUAGUGAGAGUCACCCCUCAACCAAAGCUAGUCUAUGCAGACCUGGACCAGAAGAUGUCCAGCCUCACCCAGAGGAUCAAGAGUGCAAAGAGGUGGACAAACUAUUGACUAUGACGAGCUGUAUGCCUAUCCUUGAGUCUGUGUCUACCAACCCUCUCCAAGCUCUGAUGGUCCAUCGCCUUGCCUCAACUAUUCGCCAGCUCAGCUCAUUAUCUCAACAUGCCGAGGGUGUGAUGGGGGCGAUUGCCGAUGGUCUGGCCAGUUGUCACUCUCGCAGUACCCAGCUUGAAGCUCGGAUGAGAAGACUGAAGGAAGAGGUGCUGCCAUCGCUAGAUCCUGACCUAGAAGCUACUGAAGGAUUUGAGAUCCCCCACCCUGAUUUCCAGUUCAAGAGUCGCCGAGAGUCCAACCAACUGAUGCUUAGCAAGCACCCCCCUCCCCCUCCGCUGGCUCUGACCAUUCAGGCUGCACACACGCCACCACUGAACAGUUUCUCUAGCUUAUGGCCUGAUGGCCGCGACGCUUUGCACAUGUACUCCAACCCAAGCUACUUCUUUGAGCAGUGGAUGAGCUCGGUCAAGAAGGGAGCUCUACGCAGAAAGUCUUCGGGUCAUAUCCUCAGCCCUACUCUGCUGGGCAGACCCAGUGGAAUUCCUGGAGGAAGGUUUGACAGCACAGGAUCAGUCUCUCCUAUAGGAGGAUCGAAGAAACUCAAACGUAGUGCCACAGUUGUAUCACGAUCUAUACGAAAGAAAAAAACUCGACCCCUAUCUUACCAUUCAUCAUCCAACCAAAGUAUCGAUAUGCUUGGCCUCUCGUCCUCAAGCAAACAGAAGGGUCUCCAACGAAGUUACUCUGUGCGUGUGUCUCCCGGCUACACGGCUAUGGCUAGGAAAGGAGUCAAGAUACCAAAAUCCAAACACUUGGCCGACCCUCUCUCGAAAUCCAUUGCAGCUGUUUUCCCACAAAUUGAGGUGACGCCAGCAGAUCUUCCUGAAGUAGACAAUUCCUCUACAAAGUCGGAUAAAGCUUCAACAAAAUCAGAUAGUUCAAGCAAGUUCCAGAGGGGAGGUCUUAGACGUUCAUUCUCCCUACGUAGAAGCCGCUCUCGAUCUCGCUCAAAGUCCCCCAACCCCACUCCCGUUAGAGCCACCCCUGACAGUGUACUCAGUAGUGAUCAGAUGCGUACAGUGGAAGGCAGUGCUAAGAGUAGCUCGAGCGACCUCACUGUAUUGCCUAAGAAACAACUAGAACAAUUAGAACUUGGAACAACUGGAUUUAAUACCACCCUCACUAAAGGGGACUACCCCAAAGCUACAAGUACCUUUAAGGCAGCAUCAAACCUCUCCAAUCGUUCAGUCGCCCCACUCCUCACUCGAAUAUCGACCCCACCCAACUUUCGUGUUCAAACUGGCUCUGAUGCUGUCCGCGACCGACACAACAGAUCACCAAUACAACGCAGCAUGACUAUAGCAGGACACAGCAAUGCCAACCUCAGGAAUGCAGCCGUUAGAGCCAGAGAAAAACUUAAAAUACAAGAUAGACCAUCCUCAGUAAUUGAUAUGCCCUUUUCUGGUAGAGAGAGUCCAUUGUUGGGGAUGGCUUCCUCACAGACCUCAUUAAACAGGACGCCCUCUGCCCAGUCCAAUUCCACCGGUCGUCCCCAGUCCAUGUUACUGGCGGUAGGAGAUUUUGAGCGUCCUCUGUCUCAGGAGUUGCAAGCUAAGAUGACAAUCAGUUCUCAGUCUCGCAAGCCACGACGACCAGCUCCCCCGAGACCUCCCAGUGCCGACAGUGGUGGGCGUAGCACUCCUGACUCAGCAAAGAAAAGGCGGGUCACUCCUGUAAUGGACUCCAGUCCAUUCUCAAUGGCAUCACCGGAUGCUGGGAAAGCUGAAUCUGAUUCAAGUAGUCCUAUUCAGACGACAUCACAACAGACGGAUUCUAGUCCGAUACCAAGUAAGACCAAGCUGGACAGCUCUGUAGAGAAGACUGACAGUACUCUGGUGAAUGGAGAUCCUCCUCUUCCACUGCAGAGGCAAGACAGUCUGUCCAGAUCAGCCAACUCCAAGACUGCUCAAGGACCCAUCACUGGGAGUGGACCGGCCACCCCUGGAACCGCACACACAGCUGUCGCUCAGACUAGUAGCCUGGAUGCUGAUCGUCGUCAGAGUGUUGCAAUGGCUCUGUCAGAGGUGCUCUCAAACAUGAGUCGUCGUAGCAACCCGCUUAGCCCUACCUCCCCCCUUUUGGUCAACGGAGACCUCAACAGGACAAUCACACCUGAGAAUAGUGCCACCCUCGAUAGGAUCCUCUCUCCUGUCACUCCUCAGGGCAAAGGGUCUUUCGACCUCAAUUCCACUCUGACACCUUUCGAACACUCUCCACAUUUUGGCAUGUCCCCCCUAUACAGCUUCAACACUCCAAAUAGCUCUAUUCCAUCGGGAUCGUUUGGCAAGUCCUCUCAUGUUCCUCCCUCCAAGAGACGAUUCUCCAAGCGAGCGAGCAGCCUUUACGUGAGCCCUCACAAGAUAAUGUCCCCUCGAGGAAGCCAGGGAGAGUCUAGUAAGCAACCAAACGAGAUACUGAAGGCCGGAGGUGUGGACAUUGGAGUUCUGAAGCACAAUAGGAGUGACCUACUGGUAGCCAUAAGGAGGGGCACCCAGCUCAAAAAGGUUGAGGAGGAGGCUGCCCUUACGAAGGCCGAGGUGUCCUGGGAUGUGGCAGCCAUCUUGGACCGUUAUGAUGUGUUACAUAGCGAUAGUGAUGAGGACAGUGACGUUGGGGACGAUGAAUGGAUGGAUGACUUUGAUAAUUAACUGUUUGUAUCGUUUGUGUUAGUACCAGUUUUUUGCACACAUUAUAUAACAUUUCACGAGCUAGUACAAUAAUUAUAUAGCAUAUCCCCCAGAGUUUGUGUUUUUGUGAACUUGCGCAGUUGGCAAUAUUGUUUGAAUGAUUCUAGUUAUGUUCCAACAUUGUUUGCAUACACAACAAAACUUUAAUAGUA